AUGGAUUAUAUCGGUGACUCGGACGUCCAAAUGUUCUCGAAAAUAGGGCUCUCUCGUAACAUGCUACCUCCAAGGUGGAUUGAAAUGCCCUGUAUAGGAUCCUGGAUCUUGGAUGACAAUGGAGCUUUAGAGUUUUCCAAUCGCCGCUUGCCCUUGAACUCCACAAGUCGGAAACGGGUGGAGUUUCGACCCACAUUGGUCGAACUGUAA